GAAUAUCAUACUUUCAUCAAGUCUACAACUUUGAUGUCGAGACUCCCGCCCACAAUAUGUUAGAGGUAUAAUCUUAUCGAACAUUCGACAUUGGGGGCAGCUACAAUAUGAUACCUGCUUGUUUACCAUCUUCCAGCUUUUGAAUCCCGGCUCGUAUCCAUCGACUUUCUAACCCAGCUCUAUCAGAAUGUCUACCGAUAGCCAUCUUUCUAUAUCAAACAUCAAGUUAAUGAGCAAUCCCCAUUCAUUUCCCCUGUCAUCUAUGCGCGCUGGGACAAGAAAAACUGAAACUCAAAACAAUGAUGACAAUGAAACUGGGCGGCUGGCGGUCACGUCUACAACCAUCUCUUAUUCACCGCAGCCUGACAAUAUCAGUAGACCAGAAUUUGCUAUACGAAUAGCAAACUCAAACCACGGUAACGUUGAAGGAAGCUUGGAAGAGGAUGAUGAUGAUGAUGAGCCCCCACAAUCUAUUAUACAUGUACCUCCUGGCUUCAAUGACUUCGUGGGUGUUCCUGCAUAUACGUUUUGACACCCAUGCAGAGUGCCUUGCUAAAACUUACCAAACGUAGAGUAUAUACACACAACAGUCAUCUAGUGGCAUAACUACACUUCAAUCAGAUGCUUUCGCUGAUUUCGAGAGGGAAAGACACCACGCG